GGAACCGCAGACCGUUCCCUAGGCCGGCCGAAGAAAAGGAGCGGACUUGGAUCAUUCGUUUGCCAGGUUGCCCGCUCUCGCCUGUUGCGCCCACAAUGGUCGCCUGGUCAUCACUCGCGCCCCUCGUGGGCUUGACCCUCUCGGUUGUUGCCGGCGUCUCUGCCCAGGACGCCGCUGCCGAGCCGUCGGCCAAGCCUCUGCUUGAGGACGUGCCGGGCGCCUUCAUCGUCGAGUUCGAGGGCGACUAUGACGCCGACGCGCUCGUCAGCGACCUGCGCGGCGAGAAGCUCGAGGCCGAGAAGCGCCUGAACCUCAAGUACAAGCUGUUCAACGGCGCCUCGGUCAACGUCAACGGCACGGGCGGUGCCGAGGAGACGGCGGCCAAGCUCGCCGGCCACGAAAAGGUCAAGAGGGUCUGGCCCGUCCGCAAGAUCAGCAUGCCCAUGGAUCGCGUCCAGUCCAUCGGCAACGGCUCCGCCCGCGCGAGCGCCGAGAUGAUGGCGCGGCGCGGCAACAUGCCGUACAACAGCACCUACUCGACGCACGUCAUGGGCCAGGUGCAGAAGCUGCACGCCGAGGGCUUCACGGGCAAGGGGAUCCGCAUCAGCGUCAUCGACAGCGGCGUCGACUACACGCACCCGGCGCUCGGCGGCUGCUUCGGCCCCGGCUGCAAGGUCUCGUACGGCUACGACCUGAUCGGCGACGACCUGAGAGACUUCCCCAAGCCGGACCCGGACCCGAUGGAGGCGUGCUUCGGCCACGGGACGCACGUCUCGGGCAUCAUCGGCGCCAACCCCAACGAGCUCGGCUUCCAGGGCGUCGCGCCCGACGCCGAGAUUGGCAUGUUCCGCGCCCUCAACUGCAUCGGCGCCAGCAGCAACGAGAUCCUCAUGGCGGCCUUCAACAUGGCCUUCGACGCCGGGUCUGACAUCAUCAGCUCGUCCACGGGCAUCCUGGGUGGGUGGGAGGACGACCCGUGGUCGCUGACGGCGGCGCGCAUCGCCGCCGCCGGGGUCACCAUCCUGAUCGCCGCCGGCAACGACGGCGAGAAGGGGAUGGCGCAGGCGAGCAACCCGGCCUCGGGCCGCGGCGUCGCGUCGAUCGCCUCCAUCGACAACACCGACAUCCCCCGCGUCUUCCCCGCGGGCACCUACCAGGUCGACGGCGGCGGCGACGACGCCGAGCAGCAGUUCCCCUACCGGACCGCCGAGUUCGUGCCCAUGGGCAACCUGACCCUCCCCCUGGUCAUGGUUAAGGACCAGUCCGGCGCCAUGCUGGACGCGUGCAGCCCGCUCCCCGACAGCGUCCCCAGCCUGGCCGACGUGGUCGCGCUGGUCGGCACGGGGUCUUGCGCCAUGGGCGAGUCGGCUGUGAACAUCAAGGCCAAGGGUGGCAAGCACAUGAUCAAGGUCCACACGACCGACGACCCGCUGUACUUCUACUUCCCCCCUGAGGCUGGCAUGUCGGGUGUUGCCGUCACCACGGCGUCGCAGGGCAAGAAAUGGGCUGCCGCCUUCGCCGCCGGCCACAACAUCACCAUCACCACCCGCGACACCGACAAGUCCCCCACCAUGGCGGUGCACAUGCCCGCCGUCGUGUCGGGCGGUUACACGUCCUUCUGGUCCACCUGGGGGCCCUCCUGGCAGAUGAACGUCAACCCCAACUUGGCCGCGCCCGGGGGCGAGAUCCUCUCCACCUUCCCACAGGCCGUCGGCACAUACGCUGUCCUCUCGGGAACCUCGAUGGCCACCCCCUACGCCGCGGGCGUCGCCGCCCUCCUGAUGCAGAAGCGCGGCGUCCGGGACUCGGAGACCAUCCGCGCCCUCCUGGCCAGCACCUCGAGGCAGCUCGUGGCGCACGACGGCCAGCGUCCGGACCCGGCCGGCCGGCUGCACAGCGUCCUGCAGGUCGGGCCCGGCAUGAUGCAGGCCUGGGACGCGAGCGAGGUCAAGGGCGUCCUGAGCACGGCCGGCAUCUCGUUCAACGACACGGCCCACACGCGCGACAUGACCUUCUCUCUCAAGAACACGGGCCCCGCCGAGGCCACGUACGAGCUCGGCCACCGGCCGGCCGGCACCGUGUACGCCUACGACGCCGACGGCGUCAACUACGCGUACCCCGUCCGCCCGGCCGACGGAGGGGCCGACGCGACGGCGCGGCUCUCGUUCCCCGCCACGGGCGACCUCGUCACCGUGCCGGCCGGCGGCUCCGUCGACAUCACGGUCCGGUGCGAGCCGCCGCGGGGCCUGGCCGCGGCGCGCCUGCCCUUCUACAGCGGCUUCGUCACGCUCAACGGCACCAACGGCGACGCCCUGACGCUGCAGUACCAGGGCGUGGCCGCGGCCCUGGCCGAGCAGCCCGUCAUGCGGACCGCGCCGGGCCCCACGGGCCUGCCCGCCACGUACCUGGCGGCCAGCGACUCGCGCUGGCCCAUCCCCGUCGCCGACGACCACGUCUUCCGCGUGCCCCGGCCCGCGAACCCGCCCGACGGCCGCGCGACGGGCUCGUGGCCCCAGGCCAGGAUCACCAUGAUGCUGGGCGUGCGCGAGUUUGCGCUCCGCGUGGUGCUGCUGGACGGCGACAACGCCACGACGACGACGACGACGACGGACUGGUUCGGCCACAAGACGUUGGGCACGGCCUACGGCAACCCGGCGCUGCUCCUGCCCCGCGACCAGUACCGCCUUUCGUUCCUGGGCCUGCUGAGCGACGGCACCGUCGUGCCCGAGGGCCGGUACAAGCUGCUCGCCACGGCGCUGCGGCUGUUUGGCGACCGGGAGAGGGCCGAGGACUGGCAGGUGCUGGAGAUGGGGCCGUUCAAGCUGCAGUAUCUGUGA